AAUGUUGCCGCCGCCGCGUUCGGCAGGGACUGCGUUCCGUUCGCGCGUCUCCAGACUGAGUGGAGUUAGUGGUUCAUGUGGAUCGUGUUCGAGCGUCUGUCUGUUUGAAUGUCUGUGUGGGAGAGAAAUAAUUACUGAGAUUGUGGAGCCAGCUUUCUCCAUGCACUCGGAUGUUGGGAUAUUAAGAUUUAAACUACACUGGAUUCUCGUUGUUGCAGACUGGAAUGAUCAGCACGAUUCGGAAUUAACUGUCUUUCAGUGUGGACAUCUCUGCAUUUUGUCUUUUGACUCCAAUCCAAGAUGGGUAAUGGACUUUCAGAUCAAACUCCUAUUUUAUCAAGUUUUCCAUCUUUUCAGUCUCUCCACAUCGUUAUUCUGGGUUUAGACUGUGCUGGUAAAACUACUGUUUUGUACAGAUUACAGUUCAAUGAAUUUGUCAACACUGUUCCAACAAAAGGAUUUAAUACUGAAAAAAUCAGAGUGACUUUGGGUAACUCAAAAGCAGUGACUUUCCACUUCUGGGAUGUAGGUGGUCAAGAGAAACUGAGACCACUGUGGAAAUCUUAUACACGCUGCACAGAUGGUAUUAUUUUUGUGGUGGACUCCGUAGAUGUGGAAAGAAUGGAGGAAGCCAAAACUGAAUUGCACAAAAUAACCAGGAUCUCUGAGAACCAAGGAGUGCCGGUACUUUUGAUUGCCAACAAACAAGAUCUCAGGAACUGCCUCUCACUCUCUGAAGUGGAAAAACUGUUAGCUUUAAGCGAAAUAAGUUCUUCCACCCCCUGGCACCUUCAACCUACCUGUGCCAUAAUAGGAGAUGGACUUAGAGAGGGACUGGAAAAACUUUAUGAAAUGAUCAUUAAAAGACGAAAAAUGUUGAAACAGCAAAAAAAGAAGAGAUGAAUGUACAGAGGUUAAAGAUAUUUUGUAUUUUUAAAAGCUGAAAUAUUGCUACACUGGUCAUUACACCUUUAGCCUUUUGACAACAUUUAUGUUGAAAAUGUGAGUCUAGUGAGAUCAAAGGCAAAGUUUAUUUGUGGGAUCACAGAGGAAGUGGAUAUGAUAAUUAAGUAUGGAGAGCAGUUAUGCUGGCAUAAAACUGUCAGCAUCCUUUAUUAUUAGACCAAAAUAUAUUCAGAUCUUUAGUAUUUUAUUUUCUAUUCAUUAGCUUUCUAAUGUCUGGUUGUGUUUAAGUGUGUGUGUUUGUGUGUCGUGUGUUCCAUUUUUGAGGCCUGAAAGACUAGGUACCUGCACAGCACAACUUUUUUUGGGCAAAUUGGGCACUAAAAAUAUUUGGAUGUGAACUAUUGCAAUACAAGAAACAUCUGCCAAAAUUACAUGGAGAAGAAAAUGGCUGCUACAGAUUGUAGUUUUUUUUUAUCUUUGGCUAGGAGACUAAAUGAGAUGCUACUGGAAUUGAGAAAGGCACAAAAUGCUUCACCUAUGUUUGUCUGUAGUGUUAGAGUUGUUGGCAAGCAUGCUUCUUUUAAUAAGACAGUGGAAAAUGUGCAGUGUCAGAACUAGAGGUCUCUGAGGAGAAAGGAGGGAAAGCCUGGAACACUGAUUAACUGACCUUGAACCUCGUCUACUGAGAGCUUUUUUUAUAGACAGGAAUGUAGCAAUCACAUGUUAGUCUGUUCUUGUUACUGAUAUUCACGUUAAAGUAGCUGCAAAGCCUCAUUUCUAAGCAGUGUUAACAUUUGGGAGGUAGAUUUUUUACCGUAUAUAAGCUGUGACUUGAGAUGUGGUAGAAACUUAAAACCUGUCGGUCUGUGUAUGUUGCCAACUAUGAAAUGUUCCUAUUAAAGCUAUUUAGGCAAGCUUUGCCAUUAAUUGUGGCGUUUGGUGCCAUCUUUUUAUGAGUUUCUCCAUGUGUGGAUUUUGUUAUAUUUUAUUUUCUUUAAAAGGUUUCAAAAUCUUUGUAUAUAUUAAUGUUAGAAAAUAGCCACUCUUGGCUAGUGGUCUCAAGAAGAAUUAGAGAACUGUUCAGUCUGGCUGGAAGUAAUGUACUUGUUUACUGCUUCAAAGGGAUGGUAUCAUUCUAAUGAAACUACAAUUGGCUAGCAACCCAAACCUAGCUUUUCUAUUUAGGAUUAUUUAGAUGAGUGCGCACAGAUUAUACAGAUCCAUGAAAAUUCUUAAGUUAUUCCAAAUUCAAAUGCAACUUUUUUAUUCAAUUAUUCUCCUCAGCAUACAAGACCACAGCAGGUCAUUUCUGAACUUGUGCUUUAUUGUAGAAUUUGUCAUUCUACAUAUGAACAUGCCAGAAGAAGUUAUAGAAUAUUUAAACUUGUUAAGCCAUCUGUUGAUUUUUUUUAAUAUAAGACUACAUUCCUCCUAUUACAAAUAUGAAAUCACAAAAAGUUUUUGUUAUAAAAUUUUCUAAAAUUUCAGAUAAAAAUAAUGAUACCAAUUUGACCAUUGGAAUGCUGACAGCAAUACAUUUGUUUAAAAUUGAUUAUCGUUAAUUUUUCAACAUUUAAAGUGCAGACCUGUGUGUCCUUAGAUGAUGAUGAGCAAUCUUUUCAAAUGUUUAACCAAAGUUCUCCACCUAAGGAAAAACAAGGCAACAUAAAGAUAGCAUUGUUCUUUACACAAGAUGUGGAUUGGAUAAAUUUUCCUCCUUUUCUGCAAUUAAGUUACAACCUCACUAUAUCUAUAAAUUCUUAACAUUUUUGUAAAUAUCUGUUUGAUGUUUCCUCCUUUUUUUGAGAUUCGAAAGCUAUUAGAGCUCUGCACUUUGUUGUAAACAGCUGAGAAAAUUUGAGAAAAAGCUUAAAUUUUCAGAUUUGAAAUUGAAACCUAAGGGCUCUGUUGAAAGCAAACAACACCCCUGGCACAAAAAACAUUUAUCACCUGCAAAGAACUGUGUAGUAUCUUGCAGAUUAUAAAGUUUAUUUACUUCAAGUAUUUUCUAUGAUUCAAAAAAGCAGGUCAAUUCACUUUAAAUUUGUUUAUUAUUAAACCUGAUCACUUGCAGAAAAGUAGCAAAAGCAAACCAAUUAGUCUGACAUUGAAGUCUUAAAAGAAAAAUGUAUUGAUGCUAUUACAAGCUAUUUUCUAGCUGCAAUGAAGUUGCAUCUGAACUUCCUUUGGAUGACGUAAGGCUGUUGUCAAUGUUUUACUGUACUGAUUCUGAUACUGUAAAUAUCUUCUGUUUUUGACUUGUACAGUGGCUUCAGGAAAUGCACUUUAAUGUUCAUUAAAGAUAAACAGCUUUGUGUAACAUCUGUUUUAAUAACUUGUUUUAAGAAUUGAAUGACCUCUGUUCGAUUUGUCUUUGGUUAAGUGUUUCCACCUGCACUAGUGGCAUUGCUGUCAUUUGAUUGGAAAAAUUCUUUAUAUUUAUAUAAAUGUUGGAACUUAAUAAAUACUUCACUGAAUAAA